AUGUAUUGUGGAACUUCGGCAAUUGCACUUGAGCGCCCUGCUUACCCACUACAAACGAUGAAGUGUUACUUCUCGUCAAAACUUCCUAUUAUAGUAAGUCGCCAGGUGAAGGAAAACGACUAUUUCGCUCCCCCACCCCAAGGUGGAGCACAGCCGCCGCCGCCGCCACCACCACCAGCUGGAGGACCACCGCCCGCGGCUGUCCAGAACAGAGGUGGAAAUAGAAAGCCAGCAGGCGCAAAGCGUUCAGCAUCCGAAGGGUCUUCAAAGAGGAGUAGGUCCAGAAAGACUUGCUUUACGAUUCUUCUGAUAGCCCUGGUGAUCACGAUUGUGUUCUUACUUUUGGCUGUAGCUUUCACUGUGACUGUCCUUCUGCACGUGAUUGGUGUACUUACCUUUAUUCCGCAGCUUCUUCCUUAUGAAUGUUAA